AUGCAAAUAUUUGUCAAGACAUUAACUGGUAAAACCAUCACGUUGGAAGUUGAGUCCAACGAUACCAUUGAGAACGUGAAGAGUAAAAUUGCAGACAAGGAAGGCAUUCCAGCCGAUCAACAACGAUUGAUUUUUGCUGGAAAACAAUUAGAAGAUGGAAGAACCUUGUCUGAUUAUAGUGUUCAAAAGGAUUCCACUCUACAUUUGGUCUUGAGAUUGAGAGGAGGUUCCUUGUAA